AUGGAAUCACCAUUUCCAAAUUCGACUGAAGAGAUUGUUGCUUCAGCUCUUCUCCAUCUUUCCUCGUCUGCAAGCAAUGAGAGAAUCACAGGUAAGUGCGAAAUUGAUCAUGCUGAGAGUUUGUUGUUGAGUAAAUCAUUUUCGAGGUCUUCUGCUUCGUCUACUGUGAGUAGCGACGAUGUUUCAUCGGAUGAAGCUCAUGGACGUGGUCUUCAUAUGGUUGCUACCGCUGUUGCUUAUUCUGAUCAUGAGAUGAAGCUCAAGGUGGUUAGAAAGAGCAGAUCGAAGACGUUAUGGAUUUCCGAUUGCCGUAAAAUCUCGAAUGUCGCACAGAAGAUUAAUGUUUUUGCGUCGUGUAGCUCGUCGGAGACUACAGAAGUUUCCUCAUGUUUGUCAGGUGGCUCCAGCAGCUUGGUUUCCAGCUCGGAAAGCUGCAAGUCGAAGACAAUGAAAGAGAAGCCGUUGGCUCAGGAUGUGAAGAAGAAGCCGUCGCCUGCGGUUAGCUCGACUCAUCUACUCCGCCGGUCUGAAGCCAUAUUGAAGGUGCUGGCUCAUAAUGGAUCCGCUUCGGAAGUGCGCAUACGUCAGUUGCUCGGCGACAGCCCGGACACCAGCAAAGCCUUGCGAAUGUAA